AUGUUUACGGAUAACCCAGAUGAUCCUGCAGAUUUUUAUCAUAAUCUUUAUCAGCCGGAAAAAGAUGUCCGUACAAAUGAAUAUGUUCACCACCAAGAAGACCAUAAUCACCUGUUAAAAAGAGUUAUCUUGUGUCUCUGGGAAGGGCAUAUUCCCAAUUUCGACUUGCGAUCUCUUCGAGAUGCUCUCCACGACCCUAAUACUGGUUUGACAUAUGAAUCUCUCACUGGUAAGAAUAAACAAUCUGUUCCAAAUUGUGAGCGUGUCAUUUCUCUUGGGGUGAUAGAGUUUUUAGAAAAGAAUAAGUAUGUCAAUGAAGCAAAAAUCUUGUCAAUUAUCCACAACUGGCACAAAGCUGUAGACGGUCGAGGGUUAAGGGAAGAUCUACAUUCCAAGUACUUGUGUGAAAUGAAAGAUUGGAUCCUUGAUGACUGGAUGCCAUGGGCCAAGACAGAAAGGAACUAUUCUGUAAUUGAUGUUAAUAGGUAAAUAUUGGCAACAGACUUUUCUUCGCAAGUAAUAUUUCAAAUUGCGGUAACUUGUGGUGGCCUUCCCUAGUCUUUAUAGAUUGAAAAUAAUAACUGUAAAGAAUUACAUCAUAUGAACAGAGGGCUCAUAGCCAACGAGAAUAGAUCUUGUAAAUAGUUAAUUUGACAGUGCACAAUUCAGCUUGUUUGUUCAUACUAUUAAAUUCUAAUGUUCUAGGUGUAUUGAAUGGAGGACAUUCUUGUACCAAGAUCAACUCAAAACAUUUGAUUUAUUUGAAGGUACUAAAUAAGUUUUUUGUUCGACUUACAUGAAUAUAGAUCCAUCAAGGGAAUUUGUGGCUUCACUCGAGAGCUUAUUGUUGGUCUCAUUGCCAAUUUGGAGAGUCGAGAAAUACAAAGACAAGAAUAUCUUGAGAGAAGUUUACCUCCUGAGCACCCACGAGCGUCCUCUGGUGAUGAUGUCGAAGGAUUUGUUGCACUCCUGCAUGAGAUGUUCGGCCUGAUUUUUUACCUCAAACAGUUUUAUCAAGAAUCAACAAAGAUAUUGAAUGAGUUUGGGAAAAGAAUUGAUCCUAACCUGGCAUUCUAUUACUGGACUGGUGUUAAAGAGCGCUACAGAGAUUUUGCCUUGCCCUCAUUCAACUGCCCUACUGGUCCUGGCGUAGGGGAAAGGCUGGAUGAGUUAAAUUGUCUAGGAGGGGCAAUCCUGGUGUCUUUUUAG